UUCGAAAUAAAUGAAAAUGGUAAUCUACAACAUUCAACCAAGUCAGCCCCAUCAACAGUACCAAAUGCAACAAACUCAACAAAUGGCAUACCAAAACCAACCAACCAACAAACUCCACAAACAUUUACCAUUUUAGCUGCCAUCGAAAGCUCGCAACAUAUUUGCGUCAUCGACUUAAUUUGCCAAAGUCUGAAGCUGCUCAGCGGUCACUUUACGUAUUGUGAAAUCCUGGCCGUUUGUCUCGAACGGGAUUUACUGCAAUUAUGCAAGAACAAUUCAGUACCGGCGACAACAACAACAACAACAAACUGUGCUACUAGUGCGGCAACACCUUUAAUUGCUGCAACAGUUAGUGCCGUUUGCCAGAAGGAUCAGAGGCAUCAACAAUUGCCACUCCAGCAACAUGAACAGUCACAACAGCAACAUUUGGUGAAGUUUAUUGGCGUUGACGAAGUCACGACAAGUGUUGCGCCAUCACAAUUACCGUUUGGUAAACUACGAGGUUUUCAUCAUCACGAUCCACAAAAAUGGAGAGAGUUCUUCUUGCAAUUGGAACCUUUUCAGAGUCAAUGUUCAGCAGCUGGUCAACGUUUAGUCGCAGCUAUGAGUGAUAUUCGUACUGCUGACCUGCAAGGGUUACCAACACGACGUCAAUUGUAUGCUCAGCAUAGAGCACUAAGCCGUGCCAUAAUGGAUUCCGAAUUGCAUAAUCUGAGAAAAUGUGGCUCAUUGACGUUAGCACGUCUGCAGGAGUUAGCCAAAUCCAUCAAUAUGAGCCAAAUUGACAGUUGUAAUAAAAAUACCACGAAAAAUAACUGCAGUAGCAAUAGGAUUAAAACCAACAAUGUUAACAAGAUAUUGUCGACAGCAACAUCGAUCAUUAGCAACACUUAUAGCUUUAGUAACAAUAGUCACAUAAGUCACAAUUCGGUCAACACCAAAAUAAAAAGUUCAGCAUUGUCAGGAGAAGACAACAACAAAUCAGUCUCAUCAGCAACAUCAGUUGUGGAAGCAUCAACGAUAGCAAAGAACAACAAUAGUUACACAAACAACAACGUCAGCAAUUGCAACCAUAGUAACGAUAACAGCAAUAGCAACAUUGAUGUUGCAAUUAGAGUACAAAAAGUUGCUUUGUUAUUCAAUGAGGUCGAUCGAGCAUCGAAGCGCUUGGAGCAGUUAACGGAACAACGUCGUGAAAGAUUGCGAGAAUUGACACGCCAACGUGCGCUGGAAGAUGAAGUCAAUGAGGUGACUUCAUGGAUCACCAGCGACGGGAAUGAAACAUUACAGAGGUUUGCAAAUUUCCAGCUAGACUGCGAGACUCCAGUGAAAGAUAGCGAACAGGAAUUCGAAAAAUUCUACUUUAUCUCAAUGAAACACUUGGCAAAAGGUCGUGACUUACAUGAGGCAGCUGAAACAAUGGAAGCCUUGCAUGAUAGUGCAAUGAACCUUAAAGUGGCGUUAGACUGUUUUGCUGACAAACUGGAGCAGGCACGGGAACGUAUUGAAGGUGCAACACGUCUUCAUCAACUAUUAAACCAAAAUUUACGUGACGAAAAUGUUGAGCAAGAAUUACAACGCUUGAUGGAGCAUAUAGGAGUACCUGGCUUACUAGAAAAAUAUCAUAUAUACAAACAACAACAAGAACACCAGCAACAACAAAACACAGCAACAAUAUCAGAAAAUAUAAGCAGAGUUAAACCAAAUAGUCUCAACUUAAACUGUAGUCGUCGAAGAACUAAAACCUACAGUCUUUUCCUCACCAGUACACCCGCAGCACAAAAGCAAGCAAACUUCGCCAAUCACAGAAUUAGCUCUGGCAUUGGUUCGUUUGAGGGUACGCCAUGUGAAUGUUGGCGUGAAAGUCGUAAUUUGGGUGAUAUGGAUGAGCUAUUGGAUGGUGACGAUGACUGUGAAGAUGGUGAGGAAGAGCAAUCAAAAAUUGCCGAUUCAGGUUUGGGCGGUUGUGAACGUUGCGAGGGAAAUACAAAGUUAGCGCGUAUUUGUUCUUGUCAAAGCUUACAUGAAGUAAGCAAUUUCUGCGAUAAGAGUCAUAAUGAUGAUUUGGAUGAUGAUUGCUACGAACGUCCACCGAAACCAUACUUCGACAUACAUUCGCCGGUUGAGGCGAAUGCUCAUUUACAAUGUUUCGCUUCAAAUUUGGAAUUACCUAAAAUGGAAGAACACAGCUGCUUAGAUCAAAAAAUACAAAAAACGCUUCUAUUAAUCAUACGUGAAAUGAUUGGUACGGAACGCGAUUACGUACGUUCUCUGUACUAUGUCAUUGAGAAUUAUGUGGACGAACUGUUACGCGAUGAUAUACCACAGCCGUUACGUGGUCAACGUAACGUUAUUUUUGGUAAUAUUGAAAAAAUAUUCGAAUUUCAUAACUCACACUUCCUCAGCGAAUUAGAGCGCUACGAACGUAAUCCUCUGAAGGUGGGCGCAGCAUUUCUUGAAAUGGAAUCGAAAUUUUACUUAUAUGCUUUGUACAACAAAAAUAAACCAAAAAGUGAUACUCUAAUGAGUGAAUAUGGUACAACAUUCUUUAAGACAAAACAAUUUGAACUAACCGAUAAAAUGGAUUUGGCUUCAUACUUACUGAAACCGGUACAACGGAUGGGCAAAUACGCAUUACUACUUCAACAACUGGUUAAAGCUUGCAGUGCUGUAGAGGGUACCGCAUUGCAAGAUAUCGCUGCUGAUGUUGAAGAACUGCAACGAGCUGAAGAGAUGGUAAAAUUUCAGUUGCGGCAUGGCAAUGAUUUAUUGGCUAUGGAUUCAUUGCGUGACUGUGAUGUUAAUGUCAAAGAACAAGGACGUUUGCUAAGGCAAAAUGAAUUUUUAGUUUGGCAGGGUCGUGGUGGUAAAAAGACUUUGAGGCAAAUAUUUUUAUUUGAAGACUUGGUGCUGUUUAGUAAAGCAAGACGGUUUCCAGAUCAUAAGAACCUUGAUAUUUACUUAUAUAAAAACAGCAUAAAAACUUCAGAUAUUGGAUUAACUGCGCAUGUCGGAGAUUCCCCAACGAAAUUUGAAAUUUGGUUCAGAAAACGUAAACCUGAAGAUACUUGGACAUUACAAUGUAUGUCAGAGGAUAUCAAAAAUGCUUGGACUGAAGAGAUUUCAAAAUUACUUUGGAAACAGGCGAAAAGAAAUCGAGAAAUUCGCCUUGCUGAAAUGUCUUCAAUGGGCAUCGGUAGUAAACCUUGCUUAGACAUACGCCCCAGUAAUAACCAAAUAAGUGAUCGUUCGAUUACUUUAACACAAUUAGGAAAAGCACCAAAACUGCGUCAUUCUUUCGCAAGCAGUACUGGUUCAGACCACAAUAAAGCCCGACGUCCGAAUUCGCUAAUAUCCGAUUGCUCUAUGUCAAGUGGUACUAGCAGUUCUUCAAUUAGCACAGGUAGUUCAUCGGGGCAUGAACGAUUUGGUAGCUUAAGUAAGGGAAGUGUAGGGCAACACCAACAUGCAUUGGAGUUGAUUAAUGAAACGCAAACGUUGAAACUAACCAAUGAUGCAGUUGCUAUGCAUAACAGUAAUAAUAAUUCCAACAAUAAGAGCAACACCAAUACGAUGAGCAGCAGUGGCACUGCAUCUUCAAGUGGUUUAAGUGGCAAUCUACGCAAUUGCAAACGUUCCACGACACUCGUCAGCCAACUUUCAAUGGAAAGUGGCAUUCUUUCCGAUAUAUCGAUGACACCAGAUCAAGAACAUGCAAGCGCUCCCGCUUGGUCACCCACAGCAACAACGCCUACAACAACGGAACAAUUUGGUCCUGUAACUGUUGUAAUGCGACGUCAGAUAAUGCAAAACAAGGAGAAGCAAAAGGAAUUCAAAACAGAAAGUAUAAAUCCCAGCGUACCCAUAACCAUUAAUGAAAAGAUAGAAGAGAACACUGUACAUUGUAAAAUUUAAUUUAUUUUAUCCAUUAUUCCUCCCUCACCUCAACAGAUCAACCGGAACCGCAUUUAGUCGAAAUUCGUACUAUAACGAAACCAAGUGUUCUUAAGCUAGCAAAAACCAAUCAGAAAAAUAAAAUAUUUUAUAUUUAAAUAUACAAACGAACAGAUAAUUAUUAAUAUAUAUUUUACU